UGAGAGGACAGCCUGUGACGCUGGAGUGUGGGACUGGUGCGUCCGUGCGUAAAAGCUGAAGUUUACCACGCAGCUCCUCAGCAUCGGAGGCAACAUUAUAGAUUCUAGACAAGUGACGACAAGAAAACAAACCAGCAGCGGAGGAAGCUGCACUAGAAGUGGCUGCUGCCUAUGGCACCUCAGUCGUGCUUGAUGAAUCCUGCGCAGGGAUCACCACCUUCGGCCGCAGCAGCACAGACUUCACCAGAGGAAGUAGCUGACACUGGCAUGGACACCGGGGAACUCGACCUGUCGCCUGUCAAAAGAUGCAAAACCAAAAGUGUGGAUCUGCCUUUCAGCGUGGAGUCCCUCAUGUCAGACAGGACACCGACCAGGAGCCUCCACUCCCCCGGUGUUGGCUCAGGUUGCGUCCGGUCGGAGGAGUGUGCGUCACAACUGGAACUUCAUCAGCCUAAAGCAGAGGUGGUGGAUCUCAGUGACAAGGACACGAACCCCUGGCUGCAGCCCCCAUACGCAUCCCCUCCAAGACUUCCCAGCCCAGUCUCGUGCAAUCUACGGAAACACAAGAACAACAGAAAACCCAGAACACCCUUUACAACCUCUCAGCUGCUUUCUCUGGAGAGGAAGUUCCGUCAGAAACAGUACCUCUCCAUCGCAGAGAGAGCGGAGUUCUCCAGCUCCCUCAGCCUCACAGAGACCCAGGUCAAGAUCUGGUUUCAGAACCGCAGGGCCAAGGCCAAGAGACUACAGGAGGCCGAGCUGGAGAAGAUCAAGCUGGCAGCGAAGCCCCUUCUGCCGGCCUUUGCCUUUCCCUUCGCCCUAAACGCACCCAUGGGCGCACCGACUCUCUAUGGCGCACUGAACGGACCGCGGCCCGCUUUACCCGUUCCAGGACUAUUUACUGGACCUUAUGGGAUGUACUAUUUGUCUUAACCUGCACUAACUUUUUACUGAAUCCUUGGGAAUGGUGCCUUGAAAAAUGCCUUUAUACAGCAAAUAACUUGCACUGCAAAAAUGUCCACCCUAAACUUUCCUUUCUUUUUUUCCCCCACACAUAUAAGUUAAUGUAUGCCGUACGUAUGCAAUGAAAAUUUUAUUAAAAUUCAGUUUUUUAUGUCAUUUUUAAUCCCUUUUCACCGAAUAGAUCAGUUCAUUAACGGGCCUUUGUCACACUUAUGCUGCGUUAACUUAUAAGUUAAUAUUUCUAUAGUGUAUGUCCUAUAAAAUUCACUGCGCUCAUUUAAAAUAAAAUACAAAUCGGCAUUAUUUUUUAUUUAUCGUGGAAAACAGCCUAACACAUCUCCAAAUGAAGUUAUGCAGUGACCGUUUGAAUGUGGCAGGGUAUAGGCUAUCUUUUAUCAGUGUGUAGUGACAUUUUUCGGUAAAUUUAUCGAGAUUGACAUAAAACAUCAAAUCAUUCCAUUUGGGUAUUUUUAAAUUACUCUAAAAGCUAUUUUUGCCUAAGUUUUUUUGUUUGGUUUUUUUGAGAGUUGGAUUUGAUCAUUUGGAGUCCAUCGACAUAAAAAAUAAACCCGUUAAAGAACUGAGGGAAAAUUAAUUAAUUUUAGUCAUGAAUUCAUCCAAACAUUAGGAGGCAAUAUAUUCAUCCGCAUUUAUUUUAUGUGGUGCAGAUGCAUCCUUUUAUAUCCAACGCAGAAUAACAGUCUGAACACCGGGUUCUGUAAUUUGUUCUUAUACUCUCAGUCUCUAAUAUUCAUGUCUUAUAUGUUGAGUUCUGCCAAUUUAAAGGUUUAUUUUACAGCAAUGUCUAAAACGCAUCAUUUCCCAUUUCUGUUUGUGUUCAUAUUAAUUUCACUACAUGGAGGAAAUUAAUCACCAGUUGUGCUUUAACCAGUGUCACAUAAAUGUUGUAAAAUACACUUUACCUCAAAAUGAUUUUUUUUUUUUUUUUAAAGUCAAGUCAGCAGCAGGCACUGUCAGUUUCAUUAUUAAAUGUACAUAAAGGCCAUCAAAUAUUUUUGCAAAACUCAGAAUGUUGUUAUAUGACUGAUUUAGAAUAAAAAUGUACAGUGUAUUUUCUAUUUGAUGGGUUUUGUACAAUUAUUAAAAUAUACUGUAUGCUGCAAA